AUGGCAAAACACCACCCAGAUCUUAUUUUUUGCAGAAAACAACCGGGAGUGGCUAUUGGUAGGUUGUGUGAAAAGUGUGAUGGAAAAUGUGUUAUAUGUGAUUCGUAUGUGCGUCCAUGCACCCUAGUACGCAUAUGUGAUGAAUGUAACUACGGUUCUUAUCAAGGACGUUGUGUUAUAUGCGGUGGACCAGGUGUUUCAGACGCCUAUUAUUGCCGACAAUGCACCUGUUUGGAAAAAGACAGAGAUGGUUGUCCAAAAAUUGUCAAUUUAGGAAGCGCGAAAACCGACCUAUUUUACGAGCGAAAGAAAUACGGAUUCAAAAAACGUUAA